UCUGUAUUCAUAUAUUUCAGCAUGCCGAGCUGGUACGUAACAAAAUUGUUUCGCGUUCUCACACGUCGCAAGCCGCUUGAGGACUCAAGUGAAUCAAAGUUAGCCAAAGUGCUAUCCGCUUUCGAUUUGACGGUUCUUGGGAUUGGCAGUACGCUGGGUGUAGGCGUCUAUGUGCUGGCUGGGGAGGUGUCUAAAAGUUAUGCUGGUCCAGCUGUGAUCAUCAGUUUUUUGAUAGCUGCCAUAGCCUCAAUGUUUGCUGGUCUUUGCUAUGCGGAAUUCGGUGCUCGUGUUCCCAAGGCAGGCUCUGCAUACAUUUACAGUUAUGUGACCAUUGGAGAAUUUAUUGCGUUUCUAAUCGGAUGGAAUCUUAUAUUGGAGUACGCAAUCGGUUCCGCCAGUGUUGUCAAAGGGCUAAGCACUUAUUUGGACUCAUUGUGCGGCUAUGCCAUGCGCGAUUUUCUGGUUGCACAUCUGCCUAUCCAUGUGCCUGGCUUCAGCAGCUAUCCGGAUAUUUUUGCGUUUAUAGUGACUAUUCUGUUCUCUUGGGCAAUUGCAUCAGGCGCAAAGGAGUCCACCAGAAUGAAUAAUGUAUUUACUAUGAUAAAUCUCGGCGUGGUGCUAUUUGUCAUUAUUGCAGGACUCUUUAAGGUUUCCAGCAGUAACUGGAAUAUUCCUAAAUCUGCAGUACCCGAGAAUUAUGGCGAUGGCGGUUUUAUGCCGUAUGGAAUUUCUGGUGUUAUCAAAGGUGCAGCUGUUUGUUUUUAUGGCUUCAUAGGCUUCGAUUGCAUUGCUACAGCUGGUGAAGAGGCUAAAAACCCAAAAAAAUCAAUACCAUUUGCAGUGAUUGUAUCGCUAGCGACGAUCUUUCUGGCUUACUUUGGUGUGUCCAUCGUCCUUACUAUGAUGUUGCCAUACUAUGCACAGGAUGAGAGUGCUCCUCUGCCACACGUCUUUCGUAUUCAUGGAUGGCAAGUGGCUGAAUAUGUAGUAUCCAUAGGUGCAAUGUUUGGACUGUGCGCUAGUCUAAUGGGUGCUAUGUUUCCUCUUCCGCGCAUUGUAUUUGCCAUGUCCAACGAUGGGUUGCUGUUUAAAUGUCUAGGCGAAAUAAGUAAUAAGUAUAAAACACCAUUCAAAGGCACAAUGCUGACGGGCUUGUUGUGUGGUAUACUGGCGGCCGUAUUUAAUCUGAGCCAGUUGGUCAACAUGAUGUCCAUUGGCACACUGCUGGCGUACUCAAUGGUGGCAAGCUGUGUGCUUAUACUGCGCUACGAGGUUGACGAUCGUCGCGACAGUCGCACCCUUGGAAGUGGGCGCAUCAUAAGCUCUGGCCUGGAGCAGUCAUGCGCUAUGUGGAGACGUCUUCUAAAUACCAACAACCAGUUUGUUCCCACCAAACAGUCAGCGCGCAUUGUAACACAGUUAUUGUUACUUUCGAUCUGGUGCCUGGUUUUCUCGAAUAUUCUUACUAAAUUCGAGGAAGAUCACGAACAUGUGACCAAAUAUAAUGUGCUUUUUUUAAUACUUGCUAGCAUACCAUUGAUAAUUAUGUUGAUCAUCAUAUCGCGUCAGCCCACCUCCGGAGCUAAGUUGUCAUUCAAAGUGCCUCUGGUGCCCUGGCUGCCAGGCAUUUCUAUACUUAUAAAUAUAUAUUUGAUGAUAAAACUGGAUAUAUUAACUUGGAUGCGCGUUAGUAUAUGGAUUGGUAUUGGACUGGUCAUCUUUCUUUCUUAUGGCAUCCGCCACAGUCGUCUAAAUCUGAGGGAGCAACGCAACAAUUCCAUUGCCCUACUUAGAGAUUCUAGCGAAGCGCCAUUUAUAAGUCAAGAACAUCAUUAGCAUAUAGGACUGCUCUAAAGUUAUUUAAAAUAUUAUUUUAUAAGAUCUCAAAGUGCUGAUUAAAUAAUUAUACUAAAACAA